CGCCUGGGUUUGCCUCGUAAGCUUUACUGUGUAGGCACCGCUGAACCUAUGUCCGGCCCUUGUUGCCUGUUUGGUAGAUCAGAAAAUCGCCCGCUGUUCCUUUGAUGUUUCUGUCUGGGUUGCUCCUAUGCUUUGGGCAUGCAGUGAGUUAUGUGGCGUUUAUUUCCUCGCAGAAACUGAAUGCGAAACUGAAUGCGAAACUGAACGCUACUGUGUGUCCUCGUGCUCCUUCGCGCCGCAGGCUCACAAUACCGGGACGUCACUGCUGGCCCCGUCGGCGGCUGCGCAUCUGCGGGACGAGGCUGUUCGGGGCUUUGCCUACGCCUAAUCUAUAAGAACCUAGGGACUGCUACAAAAGGCCCACUUGUCUACCCUUCAGUCGACUUUAUGUUCGCUGAAUGUUCCGAACGUCGCAUCUUCG